AUGCCAGUCGUGGCGUUCGACUACGGCUACCUCGGCAGCGGCGAGGACGCGGCUCCGAUCCUGUUCAUGAGGGACUCGCUGCACAGGUACACGGGCGCGGAGGUGCUGACCUGCAAGGGGACAGCGCACGCGCACGGCGUCGACAUGCUGGUGAAGUUCGUGGUCACCGGCGGCUGCAAGAAGGAGUUGGAGAGCGACCUCAGAGAAGUGAAGGCGAAUAACAUGAAGCCAAGCGAGGACGAGUCGGUGAUCGAGGACCAGUCGGUGAACCAGGGGCGUCAAGCUCAUCGGGGACUGCGUCGGGAAGCGGAAAUCGGCGCGUUGCUGGAGCAGCUCGGCCUCGACAGCUUGGACUUGCAGGAAGUGUUCAACCCAGGGGAGUUCGCCAAGGGAGCUCCAAAGUUCAACCUGAAGCCAGGAGUGGCGAUGGACCUCAGGACGGGCUGGGACUUCCGGCUCGAGGAGCAGAGGAAGCGAGCGAGAGCGGAGAUCGAGGAGGGAGACCCUGCCUUCCUCGUCAUUUCUCCUGUAUGUACCCCGUUCUCGCAGCUGAUGGAGUUGCUGAAGGCGAGCGGCAAGCGUGAUGAAGUUAAGUUCCAGAGGCUGCUCGCGGAGUGCAAGGGGGCCGGGAAGUGGUUCCUGUUCGAGCACCCUUGGACGGCGUCGAGCUGGAAGGAGGAGUGCGUCGAGAGCAUCAGGGAGCUGCCCGGCGUCAUGGUGGUCAAGUGCAACCAGUGCGUGUUCGGAGCCACGUCGUACUGGCCGGACGGCUCGGAGGGCCUCGUGGCGAAGCCGACGGGCUGGAUGACGAACAGCCGCGAGGUGGCGAAGCAGGUGGGGAUCGCGUGCGACGGCUCCCACGAGCAUGUGCACCUCCUGGAGGGGAGGGCGAAGGCGGCCGAGAAGUACCCCUUGGAGCUGGUGAAGGCAAUCCUGAAUGGCAUCAGGAACGCGCUGAAGAUCGGUAAAGGGAUCCAUGCGUUCGAAGUUGGUCAGACCGCGGAGGAGCCAGAGAUUCUGGACCAGGCGACCGUGGAGGAGAUGGCGACCUUCUACGACGGGAUCAGCGGUGCGGUGCUGGACCCGGUCGGCGUCAAGAAAGCGCGCGUGGGCGAGAUGGGCUACAUGAGCAGGCUCGGUGUGUUCGUGCGGAGGAAGAUUUCCGAGGCGCUGCAAGUGACGGGAACCAAGCCGCUGCCGAGCGGCUGGGUCGACACCAGCAAGGGCGACGAGCAGAAGCCAGAGCUAAGGAGUCGGUUGGUGGCGAAAGAGACGCGGAAGCUGAGCACCUUUGGGCCUGAGGACGCUGCGGCGACCUUCGCGGCGACCCCGCCGCUGGAGGGCCUGAGGAUGAUUCUGUUUAUGGCGAUGACAGGGCGGCAUGAGGAUCCAGUGCUGACCUUCAUCGAUAUCUCAAGAGCGCAUCUACAAUCGGAGCUGCAGAUGCCAGUGUACUUGAAGGCGCCAGCGGAGGCCAUGUAUGGACUGAGAGAUGCCGGCUCAUCAUUCGACCUGAAGGCGGAGGACAUCAUGGUGAGGAUCCUGAAGUCGAAGCAGGGCGAGUUCUCGCCUUGCAUCUACCAGGUCGGCAAGCUGGUCGUUUGGAGGCGCGGCGACGAUUUCGUGGUGCUCGGUGGGCGCAAGGAUUCGAAAGCUUUCACGGAGAACCUCGGCGAGCACCUGAUCGUGAAGGUACGAGGAGUUCUGGGACCUGACCCGCCGAGCGGCGACAUCGAUGAGAUCGUGGUGCUGAAUCGCAUCGCGAGGUGGGUAAGGCCGAACGGCAACGACAUGGAGAAGAUCGAGUACGAGGCGGACCCGAGGCACGUGGAGAUCAUCCUGGCCCAGCUGGGCCUGCAGGGUGAGGAGUGCAAGCCAGUGGUCACGCCGGGGCUCAAGGGGCAGGAGCUAGAUGGAGAGGCACUACAAGGACGAGAGCGGGCCAUCUACCGCUCGGUGUGCAUGCGGAUCCAGUACCUGGCGCAAGAGCGACCUGAUUUGCAGUACGCGGCGAAGGAAUCGGCUCGAGUGAUGCAGGAUCCAACGAUUGGCGGGUGGCAGGCCAUGAAGCGGAUCGGGCGGUGCCUCGUCGGUACCCCGAGGCUGGUGGUUGAGUGCCCACGGCAGGCAGAUCGGCGAGUUGCUCAAGUCUGCACGGACAGCGAUUUUGCGGGCUGCCUGAGAACACGUAAGUCUACUUCAUCGUGUACGGUGAUGAUCGGUAACCAUUGGAUCAGAAGCAGUUCGACAACCCAAGGUUUCAACGCUCUAUCCACUGGAGAAGCGGAGUUCCACGCGCUCGUGAAGGGCGGCAGUAUCGGGCUCGGCCUUAAGACUCUCGCGAAGGACAUGGGUGUGGACCUCGAGAUCGUGCUGAAGUGCGACGCGACGGCGGGCAAGGGCAUCGCAGAACGUCGUGGAGUCGGACGAGUUCGACACCUACAUGCUCCUCUGCUGCGGCUGCAGAGGGCUGUGCAGCAGAAGAAGCUGCGCGUGAACAAGAUCCCAGGUCUCGAGAACAUCAGCGAUAUUGGUACGAAGCACUUGACCCCUGAUCCAGAAGUUCCUGGCGGCGAUGGGGUUCGUGGCGAGAGCAGGUCGGAGUCGACUGGCCCUGCGGGCGGCGCUGGAUGGGUGAGUGGUGAUCGAGACAUCCCUUUGAGCGCUUGA